GAUUGUUAGAAAUAACAAAUUUUUGAACUACUGAGUUGCCGACACUCAAAGUUUCCUUGAAGUAUGUCAACUAGGCAAUAGCCGUCAAUACAAGGCUUCUUCCUACUCACACAACUUGUGGAUCCUCGGUGAUAUGAUGAACGCGAAAACAUUACAAGCCAAACGCCAAUCCCUAUUAACAAGCCAUUCCCCCAACAAAGACUACAGAAAAUGCACUAGGCGCCAAAAAAGUAAUGUGAACGAGUUUCUACGAAAUUUUUGGAAUUCUUUAGAUCAUACAGUAGUGAGGCAAUUGUUUUUAGGAGUAAUGCCUAUUUUCUUGUGGCUUAUUGUUUACGAAAUCUCCGCAGCUAUUCCAUCCGAGUAUCGACCUCGUAUCCACGUUAGACUACUAUCCAAUAUUGAAGAAAUGCUACUUGGUGGAAAGCGCAACAUAUCUUAUCUUCCACAUGAGGCAUUGUCCAAACAGACAAACCUAGCAAAGGAUAUAUUUGCUUGUAUAGCUUAUAGUUUACAUGCCUUUUUGCCGUGGGCAAUGUUUUUCUACCUUUGUUGCUUUCGUUCCUGGACCCAUGCAGCUCAUUUCUGUUGGACAUUUGGUUGGUUGAAUAUAUUGGCUGUAGUAUCCCAUUUCUUUCUUCCAACGGCAGCACCUUGGUAUAUCAAGGAAUACGGUCAGUUGGAGGCUCAUUAUCAUGUUCCAGGUUCAGCUGCUGGCCUAGUCCGAAUUGACAAAGCGUUGGGUUUCCCCUUAUUUGAGAGUCUGUAUAAAAGAAACAAGGUAGUGUUUGGAAGCUUUCCAUCCUUACACGUCGCUUGGCCAAGUCUCAUUGCUCUGUAUGAACCCCUUCCAAGAAUAUUGGGAGGUAUAGUUCCUUGGCUAUAUGUUACUUGGGUCGGAUGGGCCGCUCUGUAUUUGGAACAUCACUAUAUGGUUGACUGGGUAGGAGGUAUUCUCUAUGCUUAUUCUGUUUUUUGCUACUUUCAUGGGCAACUUUACCGCAAAGAAUGUAAUGUUUCCUAAUAAAUUCCUACAAUUUUACAAACUAUACGGA